AUGGUGUGUUUGCUGCGAUGGGCUCUCUGCGGGGGAUUCGUUAUAUCCCUUGUAGACGCAAUCUUUGCAGCCCGCCCUCAGGCCAUCGGCAUUGAUAUUGGGCCCGAUAUGAUAACUGUCGCACAUGCGUCUAGCAGUGAUAAUGUGACGUUGCCAGCCUGUAUCAUACCUGAGCUGGGCGAUCCCUUCAGCAGCUAUCUAUUACGGCUGCGACUAGAAUCAUGGAGCGACGACACGCACGCCCUAUAUGGCCGGAAGAACGAAGGGACCUCCGGCAUUUCCAAUGCUGUGGCAAAGCUGUUUGCAAGGCUCGUAUCGCCCUUGACCUAUUGUAGCCAUGACACAGCGAAUCUGUCUUGGGUACGGCAGUGCGUCUGCAGUGCUUGGCACGACAUCACAGCUCGGCUUCGCAGCUCCAAGAGGUCGGAACUAGUGAAUUUCACGCUGAAUUAUGUGAAGGAUGCGUUUGUCGAUAUCCUCACGCGGUUGCAGGAAGAGGCACGCACCAAGCACAACAUUGAUAUGCAAUCGGCGGUCAUCGCCCUCCCGGACUUUUUCAACCAAACCCUGGUGGAUUUGUUCCUCGAGGCGAGCCGGAAGGUUGGCAUCACGUCUUUGGUGGAGCCCAUGAGCCGGACGGCCUCUCAAUGCGAGUCCCCGGCAAUGGCCCGAAAUGGGCACUUCCCCAUGGACCCCUGGGGAAGUGCCGGUCUCGAUCGGGAUAUAACCCGCUCGGCCAUUGAACGAUCGAAAAUCCUACAGACUUGGCUUUCGUUCGGUGGAUCCAAGGCCGCUUUGCAGGGAGAAGUCCGGAAGGCGCGUGUGCUGAUACGAGAUAAUAUUGAUCGCGAAGUGCUGGCCUCAGCAGGGGGGGCCGAGGACCACCAGGACCAUCACCAUAACGAGUACCCUCUGCAUCUGAAGGACCCCGACACCACCGCUGUGCUAUCAUGGGUUGAUGUCGAAGCAGCAGAGAUGAAAUAUAUUCAAAGCAUUGCGCGGACUGUUCAUAACUAUCUCAUUGCUGCGAACAAUCCUACCGGAGAUAUUCGGGAUGACAUGAUCGCUACCAAAAUUGAUAAAGCGUUUAUCUUGACGAGUGGGUUUGACGAAUCAUUAAUCAAGCAGAGCCUUGAAUCUGUUCUUAGUGAUGUUGAGAUCAUAGGAGGACGGCUACGAGACUGCUAUCUGGCGGCCGAGGGCGCUGCUCAAGUUGGUUUAUUAUACCAGCAGGCAUGGGACCAGAGACAGCGGCUAUUAUUGGAAAAAGACGAAUUAUAG